AUGGGUGCUGUUCAUUCAAGUAAAGGGAUUACUAAAUCUGAAUUGAAGAGACUCUCAGCUAAAACACAUUUCACUGAGGCACAAAUAAAGAAGUGGUAUAAAGGAUUCAUUAAAGACUGUCCAUCAGGUCUAUUGAAUCGUUCUACAUUUCUAAGCAUGUAUACACAAUUCUUUCCAGAUGGUAAAGCUAAAUUAUUCUAUGAGCAUUUAUUUCGAACAUUUGAUCAAGAUGCUAGUGGAAGUAUUGAUUUCAAUGAAUUUUUAACAGCGAUAAGCAUCACACAGUCUGGUAGUCCAGAAGAAAAACUUGAAUUAGCCUUCCAAUUGUAUGAUAUUGAUAGAAAUGGAACUAUUGAAGAGUACGAGAUGACACAAAUUAUUAAAGCUAUACAUUUAAUGGUUGGUGAUAUUGAUGAGAAAAAUGAUAAGACACCAAGUGAACGUACAAAAGCAAUUUUUACUAAAAUGGAUAUUAAUUCAGAUAGUGUUUUAACAAAAGAAGAAUUUAUACAAGGUUGUUUAAGUGAUGAACACUUGUAUCGACUACUUGCCCAAAAUGAUGGUCAAAAAUAG